AUGACUUCGCGUCAAGUCGAACAACGAGACCUGCAAAGGGUUGGGCUGCAAGUCUCAACAUCACAAGAUCAGGAGAUGCCAUACCCCCAAGAACAAACUUUAUCCGAUGAUAAUAAUGUUGAAUCAAAGCACGAAUUUCCUCCCUCAACCAGCCAUACUCCUCCUGAUAUAGAGCCAUCGCAGAUACAAAAAGGAAAACGACCACAAAACGAAGAUACCAUGCCUUCUAUUACCAUUCCUUUCCGUAAGCGGUUGCGAUUAUCCACUCCACGACCUCAAACGGAAGAUACAGCUUGUGAGCAUACAGCGAUUGAUAUAGACAAGAAGAUGAUCAACCCACUUGAAUAUUGGGCAAAUGAACUUUGUUGGCCAAAAGAAUACUUCGAACCCGAGGAAAACAUAAAUCUACUUGCGAAGAAGAAAUCCUCAACUCUUCCAGACAAAGAAUUUGCAGAUCGCUUCUCGGCAACUACCUCCAUCACGACACCCAGCGAUGAAAAGCCUAGAGAAUUAAGAAGUGCCUUUUAUACGAAUCCGAGCUAUCCAAUUGUUCUUACAUCCAAGGGUAGCUUUAUGGACAAGUCCGACUUGGGCAUUACAGAUGCAAGCAAGAACCUCUGCCGAAAAUUAUUGGAGACAGAACAGACAGUACCUCGAGAAUCUUUAUUCAACGAUGAAACGUUCGAAAAAGCCUGCCGAAACCUCCAGGAUAAGAAUGAGGCAAGGGUAAUUCAAGAUAUUGCUCGAUUAAUUGUCCCUUCCGCGGAAUCCUUGGCCACACAUGGAUAUGGUACCAUACAUCUCCACUGUUUGAUUGAAAGUGUAAAUGAAGGUUGGAACAGAGCUAUACCUUUCUACGGUCCUCGCCCACAGCCGGACUAUUCUGUAGGGUUCGAACGAUCUGCUUUCACAAAUGAUCAAUUGGAAAAGCUUACACCUCAUAUUGGUGACAUUGGGGAAUCUGUCAACUCUUUUUAUAUGGCUACCUUACAGAUGUACUUUCCGUUUCUAACUUCGGAAGUGAAAUGCAGUGUUUUCGAUGUUAAUGCUCCCGAUAUUAACGCUCUCGAUCUUGCGGAUCGACAAAAUUCUCAUAGUAUGACACUUGCUGUAAGAGGGAUAGUCGAACUUUUCAAACUUGUCGGACGAGAAGAGGAGCUUCAUCGAGAGAUCUUAGCAUUCUCGAUUUCACAUGAUCACCAAAUCGUAAGGAUUUACGGUCAUUAUCCUGUGAUCGAUGGAAAGCAAACCACUUUUUAUCGCCAUCCCAUUCAUCAGUUCUUCCUUACAGCAAUAAAUGGUAAAGAUAGAUGGACAGCAUACCAGUUUACGAGAAACGUCUACGAUAUCUGGAUGCCGACCCAUCUGGAAAGAAUCCGUUCAGCUAUCGAUGGUUUGCCAUCCAAUUUGGACUUUGAAGUUUCAGAAUAG